UACAGAUUAUGGAUUUUUUUCGCGCCGGCGCGAAUCGCGUUACCCUGCGGCUUCCUGGUAAUUUCACCGAAACUUAAUAAUUCUUUUGAUAAAAAUGACUGAGUGCAUAUAAAUAUAAUAAAACGGAACGGUAGAAUAGGAUAUCUAAAGUCUGAUGUGUUGUCACAUGUGUGGUACUACUGUGAAAAUAUUUUUAUACAAAUGCAAGUGUGAAAUUGUGUGCUAGUAUAUAUUCAAUAAUAUAAAUUAAAAAUGGGCUCGAUAGUAUUAAAAAGUUUGUCAAUUCUGUUAGGAGUUUUCUUUAUUUUCGUUGGUACGACAAAGCUGACCCCGGUUAUUUCAAAAGAAUUACAUAAAGAUUUGAGAAAAGAAUAUGUGAGAUACGCUAAAAUCUUUCCAUUAAGUGAGAUGUUAGACUUCAAGCUGCCGUCAAAAUGGUACAGAAGAACGGUCGGUGGACUUGAGAUCCUCUUCGGCUUGUGUUUAGCCCUCAUACCUAGUCAUAAAAUAAAGAAUGCUGCGAACAUCGGGCUAGUGCUGCUCAUGAUGCUGGCCGCCUACUCGCAUGUGAUGGUGGGAGACCCCUUCGACCGCUGCGCACCCGCACUCGUCUUCUUCUUCAUGCUCAGUGGUCGGCUUGUCGUUUGGUAUCAGACCAGUCGACGUGAAGCCCAAGAAAAUGCCGCAACCGCACAAAACGGCAAUGGCCUCAAACGUGACUGAGAUCUUUUCCCGGAAAAU